AUGAGUUCUGACAUAGAAUUUGAGCUGGAUUCAUUGAUAAAUAAAGCAAGCUCUUCUUCUUUAGACUUUGUGAGAGGUUUUGUUCUGUGUGAUAAGCAUGUGAGGAGGGCUCUUGUAAAGUUUUAGAGAUGAUGUCCAUAAAAUGAAGAACCAAUAUGUAAUUAAAAGAAAAGAGUCAGUGUCUCUUAUCAAUAAGAAAACAUUAUGUCCUUCAGGUAACUCAUAAUAAGGAGCAAAAAAACCAUUAAACUUGACGGUGCAAAAUGUUUUUUAUAUCACAAAAAUAGAAGAUUCUAGAUCUCCACAAAAAUGGAUACAGUUGAGUCCUUAAUAAAAAAGACCUAGUAACUAAGCAAAAUAGACGAUACCAGCAAUUCAUCAAUGCAACCUAACGGUCUAGAUAAUUUGCGAGAAUCUAAUGAAAAUAAAAAAAAAUCAAUAAACGCUUCUCUUAAUAAAAAAAGUAUAUCAUUAUGUCACUAAAUUAAGGUUAAGUCAUCUCAGUAAAAAACGAAAUUCAUCUCUUUUUCUCAAGACAUAACUGUUUAUUAGGUGCUGCAAAAACCUGCUUAAAAAGACCUUUAUAUUUGUGCAAAAAUUAAUAUAAUUUCUGCAGCAAUUUGCGUUGCAACACACAUUAAUAUAGUGAAACGAUGCUUUAUUUUGAGCCUUAUUUAUAUUAAAUUUUAUGUCUUAUAUAAGAGAAUUUAAUAUGAUCUAAUAUUUCGAAACCAUCAACUCAUGAAAAUGUGAAAUCGUUUGCUCAGUGAAAAAAAAAUUAAACAGAGCUCCUUAAAAAGAAAUUUAUUUUUUUAGAAAAAUUAAAUUAAAAUUUUGUUAUUAAAUACUUUUAGAGCAAGCUUUGCUUAUUUAUUGCGCUUUUUUGUAUAAAUAAUAACAAUAUUUAAGGUAAAACCUUACUUAUUUCAGUUCUAAGCGUGCCUCUUUCAGUGGCUAUUAAAAUAUAUUAAAAUUAUUAAAAAAAACAUAUAAAAACCGUUUUUCAAGACAUAUUCUUUCAAAAUAUAUCAAAACGAUGACCAACAUUCGCAAUAUUUUUUGGGUUAAUUUCCUUAAAAAAGGUUUUAUAUGUUUUUUAAUAAUUUUAAUAUAUUUAAUAGCCACUGAAAGAGGCACACUUAGAACUGAAAUAAGUAAGGUUUUACCUUAAAUAUUGUUAUUAUUUAUACAAAAAAGUGCAAUAAAUAAGCAAAGCUUGCUCUAAAAGUAUUUAGUAGCAAAAUUUUAAUUUAAUUUUCUUAAAAAAAUAAAUUUCUUUUUUAAGGAGCUCUGUUUAAUUUUUUUCGCUGAGCAAACGAUUUCGCAUUUUCAUUAGCUGAUGGUUUCGAAAUAUUAGAUCAUAUUAAAUUCUCUUAUAUAAGACAUAAAAUUUAAUAUAAAUAAGGCUCAAAAUAAAGCAUCGUUUCACUAUAUUAAUGUGUGUUGCAACGCAAAUUGCUGCAGAAAUUAUAUUAAUUUUUGCACAAAUAUAAAGGUCUUUUUAAGCAGGUUUUUGCAGCACCUAAUAAACAGUUAUGUCUUGAGAAAAAGAGAUGAAUUUCGUUUUUUACUGAGAUGACUUAACCUUAAUUUAGUGACAUAAUGAUAUACUUUUUUAUUAAGAGAAGCUUUUAUUGAUUUUUUAAUAUAUUCAGAAUGGAAUUGCAAACCACGUAUAACGUCAGUUUGCUAUUAUGUUAAACUAUCAGAUCUUAUUUCUAGUACAUAUAAGUUGCUUGUUUUAUAGACUUAACAGUAUCUUAGUUUAUAUAAUUAAAAAUCUUUUUUCGUUAAGACAUAAAAAAAUUUGUUUUACAGUCAAAUUUAAUGGUUUUUUUACUCCUUAUUAUAAGUUACUUAUAUAGUACAUAAUGAUAUCUUAUUGAUAUGAAACAUUGGCUCUUUUCUUUUAAUUACAUAUUGGUUUCUUAUAUUGUAUACAGCCCGUAUCUCUUAAAAGCCAAACGAGCCUGUGAGGAGAAGUUUUUGGUCUAGAUGGCAAGGAAGAGAUUGAAAACAAAUUUUUGGGUUCAUUAUAGGGUCUAUCACAACAGCUUGAGUAUAUAAAGGACUGUCUUGGAUUGCAUUAUAA